AUGGCACCAGUUAUUCAAAAACCAGCACCAACAUUUAAGAAGACCGCAGUUAUUGACGGUACUUUUGAGGAUGUCUCUUUAGAUCAAUACAAGGGAAAGUGGGUUUUGCUCGCUUUCAUCCCAAUGGCCUUCACUUUUGUGUGCCCAACUGAGAUUAUUGCCUAUUCUGAGGCUGCAAAGAAGUUUACAGACAAGGACUGUCAAGUCUUGUUCGCUUCUACAGACUCUGAGUAUGACUUGUUGGCAUGGACUAAGAUUAGUAGAGCCGAUGGUGGUUUGGGUUCUGUGAACAUUCCAUUACUUUCCGACAGAAAUCAUUCCUUGUCCAAGGAUUAUGAUGUUUUGAUUCCCGAGGAAGGUGUCGCUCUCAGAGGUAUCUUUUUGAUCGAUCCUAAGGGAACUUUGAGACAGAUCACCGUUAACGAUUUGCCUGUUGGUAGAAGUGUCGAUGAAUCGAUUAGAUUGUUGGAGGCUUUCCAGUUCACUGACAAGUACGGUGAAGUUUGUCCUGCCAACUGGCAUCCAGGUGCAGAUAGUAUCGUUCCUGAGGUGGAUGAUUCCAAGAAGUACUUCUCUAAGCACGCAUAA